GAUACCUGGGAGGAGAGGCUGCGAUACCUGAGAGGAGAGGCUGCGAUACCUGAGAGGAGAGGCUGCGAUACCUGAGAGGAGAGGCUGCGAUACCUGAGAGGAGAGGCUGCGACACCCGGGAGAGGCUGCGAUACCUGAUCGGGCACCAUGAUCCUCGUCCUCUCCGCCAUCCUUCUCUCGCUCUCCGGUCGGGGCCGCUGCCAGGAACAGACGUAUCUUGUGAUGGGCCCCCGGGUUUGGCGGGUCGGCGCUCAGGAGACGGUGGUGGUUCAGGGCUUUGGACAUGAAGAGAAUCUCCCCAUCCGAAUCUCGCUGCUUAGUUACCCUGACAAAAAGACGAAGUUCUCCUUCCAGCACCUGGAGCUGAGCAAAGCCAACAACUUCCAGGGGCUGGUGACCCUCCAGCUACAACCUAAGGAUAUCCUCUGGAAGGAGGGCGUCGCGCAGUUUGUAUAUCUAGAGGCGCAGUCUAAGUCGUUCACCAAGGAGGAGCGCAUUCCAGUCACUCAUCGCAACGGCUUCCUCUUCAUCCAGAGCGACAAACCGGUGUACACCCCUGACCAGUCCGUGAAGGUGCGGGUCUACUCCAUGGAUGAAGAACUAAGACCGGCGCGAAGAGCGGUGACCCUCACCUUCAAGGAUCCAGAUGAGGUGAAGAUGGACGCCAUCACCCAGCAGGAUGCCACCGGCAUCAUCUCCUUCCCCGACUUCAAGAUUCCAGCCAACCCCAAAUUUGGGACGUGGAAGAUUGAAGCCGCCUACGAGGCAGAUUACACAACAUCCACGGCAGCUGUGUUUGAAGUGAAGGAAUACGUUCUGCCCCGAUUCUUCGUCACCGUAGAACCGCAACAGAACUUCAUAUCGUAUGAGACGUUCAGGGAAUUCACAGUCACUGUGAGAGCAAAUUAUUAUUAUGCUAAAAAACUGGAGCAGGCGCAAGUCUUCAUCCGCUAUGGGCUAAUAGAAGAGGGCGAGAGGAGGAUGAUGCCCAAAUCCAUCGAUGUGAUGACGAUGAUUAAUGGAGAAGCGGUGUUCCGGUUUAACAGCGAGCGCGCGGUGCAGGAGCUCGGAUACUCUCAGCUGGAGGAGCUGGACGGAUCCCGCCUCUUCAUAACUGCUACCGUGGAGGAAACGGCGGGUUCACAGUCUGAAGAGAGCGAAAACUCCAACGUCAAAUACGUCAUCUCCCCGUACACCCUAAAACUUAUCGGGACCCCCCUGUAUGUGAAGCCCACCCUGCCCUACUACGUGAAGGUUCAGGUGAAGGACACGUUGGACAAUGUGGUGUCUAGAAUCCGGCUGACGAUAACCGGAGAGAUGGUCCUAGAUGGCGGAGGGGUCAGCCCGCUAGACAACCAGCACUCUCUGACCCAGCAGACUGACAGUCAAGGAAUCGCCGUGUUUGUGGUGAACAUCCCGACAGACGUCACCGCCCUGGACUUUAAGAUCACUACAGUCGAUAACAACCUGCAGGAGGAGAACCAGGCGAGCGCCACCCACACAGCAACUUCCUACAAGUCACUGACCAAAAGCUACUUGUACAUUAACUGGGCCCGAGAGAGCGAAAUCCUGCAGGUCGGAGACUUUCUCAACAUCCAGGUGGUGCCCAGCAGUCCGUACCUGGCCAAACUAACCCAUUAUAGUUACCUGGUCAUCUCUAAGGGGAAGAUUGUGAAGUUUGAUACAGUGCAAAGAGUCCAUGAGUCCACAUCCCAGAAUCUGAACAUCCAGGUCACGGCUGCCAUGGUGCCCUCUAUCCGCCUCCUGGUGUAUUACAUCAUCACUGGAGACACCACUGCCGAGAUCGUGGCCGAUUCCAUCUGGGUGGACGUCAAAGAGAAAUGUGUCAAUAACCAGAAGGUUCAGUUGUCGACCCCUCAAGGAGAUUUUAAGCCCAAGGCCUCGGUGCCGCUGACGGUUCUGGCUCAGAGCGGCUCCAUUGUCGCCUUGUCUGCUGUGGACGUCUCUGUCUAUGAUGUCACCAAGAAGAAGCA